UAUAUACAUUCUCUACUCUGUGUGGCUGGGACUGCGGUGUACUACCAGCCAUGAUCAAAGCACCGAGGUCUGUGAGAUACUCAUCUCAGACACCAGUCUCUGUUUCCUGGUGAAUUUUCUGGGGAAACAAACGCCAAGUCUGGGUCUUUUUCGGGGAUUUACAGCCAUGGGUGGUGGAGAAAUCAAGAGCCUGAAGAGCUUCCAGUUCCGGCAUCAUCAUGGGAAGAGACAACAACAAGGGAUUCCGAAAGGGUGCUUGGCCAUUAAAGUGGGUCAAGAAGGAGAACAACAGGAGAGAUUCGUGGUGCCAGUGUUGUACUUCAAUCAUCCAUUGUUCUCGCAGCUUCUCAAGGAAGCCGAGGAGGUAUAUGGCUUCGAUCAGAAGGGGACCAUCACCAUCCCUUGCCACGUCGAAGUAUUUCGGACUGUACGAGGCUUGAUCGACGGAGAGAAGCCAUUUCAUCAGCCCCACCAUCAUGUAGGGUGUUUCGGGUUCUAAUAAUUCUGGUCCAGUUCAAGAGCGAAAAUCAUAUGCAGACUGACAUGGCCGCCCGAAGAAAGAACUGAAGACAUGUUUUGAGUCAAAGAUUAAUAAUAAUCUUUGAGUUCUUGAAUUAGUGCUGUAAAUUCUAUGCAUCUUUUGCUGUACUUUUUCAAGAUAUAGAUGUAAUGAAAAAGAGAUGCUUUUUCUGUCUCA